ACAGGGACAAGAACACCAGCAAUAACGGAUCCAUUUGAUAAAUGAUGAUGGCCAUGGAGAAGAGGGUUUUGGCUGUCCUGUUCUGUGUGGCAGCGUGGUCAUAUGUGGCCUCCAUCACUGUUAACAUCCCUGACCCUGUUUACAACGUGACCAGAGGUGAUGACAUCACAAUUCCCUGCACAUUUAAAAGCACCAUAACUAGCCCAAAAAAAGUCAUCAUCACAUGGUCUGCUGGGAAGACUGUCAUUCUCGCCUACUAUUAUCCCACUAGAGAAACUGACGUCACACAAAUGUACAAAGGCCGAGCAUCUUUGGAUCUGAACUUUGCUGCUGGGAAAGCUGACCUCCAGCUUAAAUCCGUCUCAGUACAAGACAAUGCAGAUUAUAAGUGUCGUAUCCAAAUUCCACAUGAUUACAUGGGCCAACCUGUCGACACUGCACAAUUGAUUGUUCUGGUGGCUCCAUCUCCACCCAUCUGCAAGAUCCAGGGAAAGGCAGAGUAUGGUGAAAAUAUCAACCUCACCUGUGUGUCUGAGGAGGGAUUCCCUGCUCCUACUUACACGUGGCAUUUCCGGCACAACAUCCCUCAUAGUCUGGACCCUGGGACCACUGACAAUGAAGGCGUUCUGUUUUUGUUUAAUAUUUCUGCAACCACCUCAGGAUACUACAACUGCACGUCCAGCAACUUGAUCAACUCAACUACCUGCAUUCUGACCCUUACAGUCACGCAAGGCAAGAUAAAUCCAUUUGCGUCCAUACCUGUUGGUUUUACAGUUAAAAUUGUGUCCUCUUUGAUUGGGCUCCUCCUAGUCAUCACAACUAUUUUUUGUUGUUGGAGAAAAAAUGAAGAAGGAAAAAGAGCAAUAUGUGUGAUCAACAGUACAAAUGAAAGGUCACGCAAGAGGUCUCAUACAUCAGAAAUGUGGGUGAAAAGUGAGUCCUUGUUCAUUUCCUUCUUGCUUGUGGUCACCUCUUCAUCUGAAAGAGCCGAGAUGCAACAGUAUAUUUCUCAGCUGAUCAUGUCUCCCUCCUUCUUCUCCAUAGUGAUGCUUAUGGUUGUCAGCUGCUCCUCCACACAUUCACACAGCAAAGCCAACUCCAACAUGCGAACGGACGCUGUGCGACUGCGCUUCUGUUUAGAUAUUUUAAACUACCGAACAGACAGGAGGAAAAAGGUUCGACCAAACAUAUCCUUUGCCAUGGAGAAGAGGACUUUUGCCGUGGUUGUGUUCUGCGUGGCGUGGUCGUGUGUGGCCACCAUCACAGUUAACAUCCCGAACAGUCUUUAUAAGGUGGCCAGAGGAGACAACAUCACAAUUCCCUGCUCCUUUAUAACCACCGUCCAACCAAAACAAGCCGUCAUCACAUGGUCUCUUGGGCUGAAUGCUGUCAUUACCUACUAUUAUCCUGUUGAUGAAACUGACGUCACACAAGGGUACGAUGGCCGAGCAUCUUUGGAUCUGAACUUUGCUGCUGGGAAAGCUGACCUCCUGCUAAAAGCUGUCACAGUAAAAGACAAUGGAAAGUAUGGCUGUCGUGUCCAAAUUCCACGUGAUGCCCAGGGUCAACCUGAUGACACUGCAGAUCUGAUUGUUCUGGUGGCUCCAUCCAAACCCAUCUGCCAGAUCCAGGGCAAGGCAGAGUAUGGUCAAAAUAUCAACCUCACCUGUGUGUCAGAGGAAGGCUCCCCUGCUCCCACUUACAAGUGGGCUGGCUAUGAUGCGCAGAACAACCCUCGUGCUCCAGACCCUAAAACCACUGACAAGGGAGGCAUUCUAUCUUUAUAUAAUAUCUCCAAAGACACCUCAGGAUACUACCUCUGCACGUCUACCAACGAGAUCCGUUCUGCUUCCUGCAACCUGACCCUUUCGGUCAUGCCACCAUCCAUGAACAUUGGAUCCACCGCUGCAAUCAUUGGAGGAGUUGUUGCCGUUUUGGUCGUAUUGGUUAUAAUCAUCUACUGUUGUUGCUGCCGGAAGAAGAAUGAAAAGGAGGAAUACGCCAUGGGGGUUCCUGAGGAUGAGAAUGGCAUAGAGGCUGUUAAAAAUGGAGAGGUUCACUGCGAAGUUGGACAGGAAAACAGUGAGCGGCGUGAGAACCACGAGGAAAGGAGUGAACGUUCCUAUGACAACCGCAAGGAUUACGAUGACCGACGCAGCGACUGCAAUGACCGACGCAGCGACUACAAUGACCGACGCAGCGACUACAAUGACCGACGUAGCGACUACGACGACCGACGCAGCGACUACGACGACCGGCGCAGCGACUACGACGACCGGCGCAGUGAGUACAGUGAUCGUCGUAGUGACUACAAUGACCGACGAAAGGACUACGAUGAUCGUCGCAGUGACUAUGAUGACCGCAGAAGUGACUAUGAUGACCGCCGUAACAAAUAUGGUGAUCGCCGCGAGCGCUAUGAUGAUGACCGUCGCUAUGAAGAUGAGCGACGCUACAAUGAUCGCAAAGACCCUCGCUCUGAUGAUAAGCGUGAUAAACCAUAAAACAUUUACCCAAGGCCAUCCACUCAAUGUAUGUUAAAUCAGCACAUUCAUUUUGUUUUAUACCCAACUCGCACAGCAGUUGUUAUUUAACUGUUAAUAAGCUGGAAAACAUUUAAAACUUUGUGGAGGAACUCCCUAAUUCAUGUUUUUUUGCAGGAACCGUUUAGGGUUGUGUGAUAAAUUUAGCAUACAUGAGGAAGUAGAGAAAGAAUUUUAAAUAGAAAGCUCUUAUGUGUUUAUCUUAUGAUUUAAAUGGUGCCAAAACAAUCUGAUGACAUCAAUAAGGUUAAACAAAAAAUAGUAUAAAAAGAUAUAAAUCUCCACCAUACACUUUCUUAUUUGAAUUUAUUUUUCUUGGCUAGAUAUUUGAUGAACUGUUCUAUUGUAAUAAUUUUCAGAAAAUAUUAUGCAAAUCUUUUUAGUUAAAGGCAAGGAAAACAACGUUGGGCUGUUUUCUCCCCUCAUAAAAUAAAUAUUGCUAUAAGAUACAAUUAAAUUUAAUAUGCUUGACUUGACUUGCUUUGUAAAUUUUAUAAACUUUUUUGCUUGUUGUACAAAGACGGUGUUUGACUAAUGUGUGUAACUUUGACAAAUUGGCUCAAACAUUUAUUCUGAGUAUGUUUUUAAAUGCUGUCAGAUUUGGUCUGUGUAAAAACUUGUGCUGUUUUUAUACCUGCUUUUGCUUCUUGUUUUAAGUGAUAGUGUUUUCAUUUUUCUUUACAAAGCUGUGUCUCCACAGCAGAUUAAAGGUGUGUGUUUCUAUUUUAUUCUGUUUAAAUGUUUUUUUUUUUUUACAUACAGACCAUAAAACUGCAUUCUUGUAUGCAAACACAGGUUUUCAGGUUCCUUUUUGUUUAUUGUCCAGUUUUUUUUUCCCCUGAUUUUUGAACCACAACAUAGUCUCUCUGUGUGUGUAGGGCUUUUUAGUAUCACUGCUGGUUUAUCCUGUUUAUUAAAACUUGUCAAAACUAA